UCUAUUCAAUUCAAAGGGACGCAAAAUUAACGGAUCAAUGUCUGGAAUUCAAAGAGAAAGUAAAAACGGAGAUAUGGCUAGCCAAGCAAGUGCAACAACAAUGGCUGAAAUGGCAUGCCGACUUAGAGCAACAAAGCCUAUUUGGGCUUUGAUAUGUGAUAUGGCAAAAACUGUAUAUCGUUCAACUAUGAUAAAUGCUUAG